UAUCGCCGUAUUUUGUUCUACACAAUUUACAGAAACAGAAGUGAAAUUUUUUUCUACUGUUGAAAGUAUAGAGACCCUUAGAGACUCCUUUCUGAACUCGUUCAAGGCGCGAUCUUCGCGAGCUUUUCUCAUCAGCCAUGGAAUUUGGGCCUUUUGUGAACAGCAUUCUCAUUCUUGAUCUAGAAGGGAAGCGUGUAGCAAGCAAGUUCUAUUCAGAUGAGCGGACUACUAAUGAAGAGAGGCGAGCUUUCGAGAAGACUGUAUUCACCAUGACUCACAUGAAAGAUGCCCGAACUGAAGCUGAUGUAACGAUGCAUAGGGACGAAAUCAUUGUAUUCAAGUUUAUCGAAGACCUGCACUUUUAUGUUACUGGGGGUGAAGAAGAAAAUGAAAUUCUGUUAGCCACUGUGCUUGAGGCAGUGCUUGGUGCCAUUUAUAUUCUACUCAAGAAAAAGGUUAACAAGAUGGCGGCACUCAUACAUCUGGACCUCGUUCUGUUAUGCAUUGAUGAAGCUGUUGAUGGCGGCAUUAUUGUCGAUACUGAUGCAAAGAGCAUUGCGCGUAAAGUAACAGGCGUUAGCCUUGAUCCUGCGGCAGAAGAGCAGACGAUGGGUGAAGCAUUGAAAAGUGCGCGUGGGCAAGUCAUGAAAGCCAUUUCAGGUUUCUCAGGUCUCAUUUGAUUCAUAAACUGAGAAAUGUUGAAAAUAUGGCAAUGGAGGAGGUAGGCACACAAUUGAGUAGAUUGGUGGUUCUGAUUUUCUUUCUCUCGUCUUCUGUUGAUUCCAGCCUUUUGACUACUACUACCUAGAAGUUCAAACAAUAUAAAUACAGGAAUUUAUUUUUGUUUCUCACAAUAUGGCUAGAAUUUGUCUGCUAUAAACUCUCAGAUUAUAUUACAAUAUUACUGAAACUGGAUAUCAAAUUUAGUUCCA